AUUUUGGCCAGCAGAGGCGCUGCUGUGGGGCCACAGGAGACCUGAAGGAGGAGGAAGAGCAGAGUGGUCUAAGAUGUGGAACCCGCUGCAGGACAGCGACUCUGUGGUGGACCCGGGACCCCGCCAGCGCUGGCUCUGCGCAGGGACACUGGUGCUGGCUUUCUCCGGAAUCUUCAUCAUUGGCUUCGUCUUCGGGUGGUUUAUAAAAUCUUCCAGUGACUCUACUAACAUUGUUCCACAUCCUGGCAUGAAGAAGGCAUUUUUACAUGAAUUGAAGGCUGAGAACAUCAAAAAAUUUUUAUAUAAUUUCACACGGAUACCACAUUUGGCUGGAACAGAACACAAUUUUGAGCUUGCAAAGCAAAUACAAGCCCAGUGGAAAGAAUUUGGUCUGGAUUCAGUUGAAUUGCCCCAUUAUGAUGUGUUGUUGUCCUACCCAAAUAAGACUCAUCCCAACUACAUCUCAAUAAUUGAUGAAGACAGAUAUGAGAUUUUCAACACGUCAUUAUCUGAACUGCCGCCUCCAGGAUAUGAGAACAUCUCAGAUGUGGUACCACCUUUCAAUGCCUUCUCUCCACAUGGGACACCAGAGGGGGAUCUAGUGUAUGUUAACUAUGCGCGAACUGAAGACUUCUUUAAACUAGAACGGGACAUGAAUAUUAAUUGUUCUGGAAAGAUCGUGAUUGCCAGAUAUGGAAAAGUGUUCAGAGGAAAUAAGGUUAAAAAUGCUCAACUGGCAGGUGCGAAAGGAGUCAUUUUGUACUCAGACCCUGCUGACUACUUUGUUCCUGGGGUGAAGUCCUAUCCAGAUGGCUGGAACCUCCCUGGAGGUGGUGUCCAGCGUGGGAAUGUUUUAAAUCUUAAUGGUGCAGGUGAUCCCCUCACACCAGGUUAUCCAGCCAAUGAAUAUGCAUAUAGGCAUGAGUUGACAGAAGCUGUAGGACUUCCAAGUAUUCCUGUCCAUCCAAUUGGAUAUGAUGAUGCACAGAAACUCCUUGAACACAUGGGUGGUCCAGCACCCCCUGACAGCAGCUGGAAAGGAGGUCUCAAUGUGCCUUACAAUGUGGGACCUGGUUUUGCUGGAGACUUUUCAAAACAAAAAGUCAAGCUGCACAUACACUCCUACAGUAAAGUGACAAGAAUCUAUAAUGUCAUUGGCACACUCAAAGGAGCCAUUGAACCAGACAGAUAUGUCAUUCUUGGAGGUCACAGAGAUGCCUGGGUCUUUGGUGGCAUUGACCCUCAGAGUGGAGCAGCUGUUGUUCAUGAAAUUGUGAGGAGCUUUGGAACACUGAAGAAGGAAGGAUGGAGGCCUAGAAGAACAAUUCUGUUUGCAAGCUGGGAUGCAGAAGAAUAUGGCCUUCUUGGUUCUACCGAGUGGGCAGAGGAACAUUCCAGACUCCUCCAAGAACGUGGUGUGGCUUAUAUUAAUGCUGAUUCUUCCAUAGAAGGAAAUUAUACUCUAAGAGUUGAUUGCACACCACUGAUGCACAGCUUAGUGUACAACCUAACGAAAGAGCUCCAAAGCCCAGAUGAAGGCUUUGAAGACAAAUCUCUUUAUGACAGUUGGAGAGAAAAGAGUCCUUCACCUGAAUUCAGUGGAAUGCCCAGGAUUAGCAAGCUGGGGUCCGGCAAUGAUUUUGAAGUGUUUUUCCAAAGACUUGGAAUUGCUUCAGGCAGAGCAAGAUAUACUAAAAAUUGGAAAACCACCAAAGUCAGAAGUUAUCCACUCUAUCACAGUGUCUAUGAAACAUAUGAGUUGGUCGAAAAAUUUUAUGAUCCAACUUUUAAAUAUCACCUUACUGUGGCCCAAGUUCGAGGAGGGAUGGUGUUUGAACUGGCCAAUUCUAUAGUGCUUCCCUUUGACUGUCAAGAUUAUGCUGUUGCUCUGAAAAAGCAUGCUGAAAAUAUCUACAACAUUUCAAUGAACCACCCACAACAGAUGAAGGAAUACAUGGUAUCUUUUGAUGCCCUGUUUUCUGCAGUAAAGAAUUUUACAGAGAUUACAUAUGAGUUCAACAAAAAACUUCAAGCCUUAGACAAAAGCAACCCCAUAUCACUGAGAAUUAUGAAUGACCAGCUGAUGUAUCUGGAACGUGCAUUCAUUGAUCCUUUAGGGUUACCAGGCAGGCCUUUCUACAGACAUAUUAUCUAUGCUCCAAGCAGCCACAACAAGUAUGCUGGAGAGUCAUUCCCAGGGAUUUAUGAUGCUCUUUUUGAUAUUGAUAGCAAAGUGGACCCUUCUAAAGCCUGGAGAGAAGUGAAGAGACAGAUUUCUGUUGCAGCCUUCACAGUGCAAGCUGCAGCGGAAACUUUGAGAGAUGUCGCCUAAGGGUACUUCAGAGAAUCUGUAUUUAAUAUGUAUGAUAUUAAUGGGAUGACCUUUAUAGAAAAAUACAUAUUGGGAUUUUAUGAUUAUGUAUAAUAUAUGUAUGUAUAUGUAUGUAUAUUUAUAUUCUGUUUAUUUUUCCUUGUGAAUCAAAAAGGAAAGAUGGAUAAAUUUUAUUUUAUAAUUGUAGGAUAUAUCUCUGAAAUUUGAGGUUCUAUUAAGUAAGUAAAACUAUGGUAAACAGUUAAAUACAUCAACUCAUUUACCUGUAUAUUAGAUCAGAAAUCUAAUAUAGCAUCUAACUGGGUCAUCUCAAUGAAACAAAAAUCACUUCAUUAGAGAACACACCUGGGACAGCAUACAAGCCUCCUUUGCCCAGAGACUUAAGUGCCGCCUGGACACCAAAGCUCAAAGGAUCACUUCAGACAUACUAGCUGAUGAUUUCUGAUCUAUUCACACUUCAAGUAAGUCUCAUCUUUCUGUUCAAUUUAAAGCACAAGUAUUAGACUGAGAAUUCAUUUUUAUUUAAACUAUAUGCAACAUACAUGUACAAUUAAUAAUUAACUAACAUUUAUAAUCUCAGUUACUGUAUCAAGAAAGGACUUCAUGCACUCCUGAAUAGCUGUCAAAAUAAUCAUGGUCUUGAAUUUUAUAUUUAUUGUUUACUUUCUUACACAAAAUUCACUGAACAUAGUUGUAUUCACUGCAUAUAUAUAUAUUAAAAUCAUACAUUUGUAUUUUA